AAUUUUUUUAAUGUAUAAAUGCAUAUGGUUUGGUGUACAAUAGUAAUGACCAUCACUGUGUAUAUUGUGAUUUAUUGAAUUUCGGUAUGGGAUACAUAUUGAAUUUCAUUAGUGAACAAACAUCAACACACCAGUGUACAAAGAUUGGAAAUUACUCACUUGACAUCAGCUUCAGGAAUUGGGUUACUUUCAGCUAGGGGCUAUCAUUGUAUAUUUUGACUCUGUUAAUGAACAACCACGAAGCCAAGAAUGUACAAGGAGGUUGAGUGUGGGAAAGAGAGAAGUGGUGAACUGUAUAUGGGGGAAAUGAUGGCGGUUGACAUUAAAUAAGUUAUUAAAUGGUGAACAGUAACUGUCAAAUCAGUUACUUUUUGACUUUUCGACAUGUACAGUGGAUGUAAGGGGAAUGUACACUGGCUGUCAAAUCAAUUACUUUUUGCAUGUUGAAUGGUGCGUUUCAUUCUUCUUGCCUUGCGUUUUGGAGCUGGUGUAGGAUGCUCUCGGUCCAGGAUCUACUAAUUGAAAAAUGUCAACGUUGUAGGUUCUUCAUGGAUAAUUAGUGAUACCCUUCAGAAUGAUUGUUUCUGCUCUUCUAACAUCUGUUGGAAUAAACUCCGGCCUCUGUAUAUUAUUCUUUGCGUUGUAUUCUAUCUUAAGAAAACAACCAGGGUAUUCUUAUGUAUAUGUUCCACGCUUGUUGGCUGCAAAAGGGAUUGAGAGGAAUCGUUAUAUUCACUUGCAACGGUUGUUACCUUCCCCUAGUUGGGUGAAAAGAGCAUGGAAACUUAGUGAAGAGGAAUUAUUGUCAACUUCAGGCCUGGAUGCUGUAGUUUUUAUAAGGACUAUAAGACUCAGUUUGAAAAUAUUUUCUUUCGCUGGGGUUAUAGGACUCUUUGUUCUUCUUCCGAUAAAUUGUGCAGGGACGCAGCUUGCAUCAUUCGAUAUUACUGUAAUCUCCAGUGAAAAGCUGGAUUUAUUUACCAUUUCCAAUGUGAACAAUGGGUCUAAAUGGUUGUGGGCACACUGCUCAGCUGUAUACUUGAUUACUGGCUUUGUUUGUUUUCUUCUUUAUUAUGAAUAUGAUUAUAUUUGUUCAAAGAGGAAUGCAUAUUUCUAUUCAUCCAAACCUGAGCCACAUCAAUUUACAAUAUUAGUUCGUGGGAUCCCUGUACCUCCUGGUAGCAGCAUCAGUGAGAGUGUUGAGAGUUUCUUUAAAGAGUAUCAUUCAUCUACUUAUAUGUCUCAUGUGGUGAUUCAUCGGACACAUAAAAUCUCUAAUAUUAUUAUAUUUGUGAAGAAUUUGUAUAGAAGGCUGAGGCAUUUACACUCUGAAGCUGACAAAGUAUAUUCCAGAGGUGAUGGUUAUUCUGGAGUAUCUUUACGCGAUCCUGCCCUCGAUAAUCUGAGCGAAGAGCAGUCUUUGUCUGUGCAAGAAGUACGUUCUGCUUUUGUAUCCUUCAGAUCUCGGUUUGGUGCUGCAAUUGCUUCACGUUUGCAACAAUCUGAGAAACCCACAGAAUGGGUUACAGAGCAAGCUCCCGAGCCAAAUGAUGUAUAUUGGCCAUUUUUCCAUUCAACGUUCUUGCAGAGAUGGAUGUCUAAAGUUGUGAUAAUAGUCACGAGCAUAGUUCUCACUGUUCUAUUUCUCAUACCAGUCGCGAUUGUGCAAGGUCUUGCCAAUCUGUCCCAACUGGAGUUCUGGUUUCCCUUCCUGAAAAGCAUUCUGUCUGCGCCAAUAAUCAGUCGAAUAGUCACAGGCUAUCUUCCAAACCUUAUUCUUCAAUUAUCUUUGAAGUUAGUGCCUCCUGUCAUGGAGUUCCUUUCAUCAAUUCAAGGAUAUAUAUCUUACAGUGAGAUACAAAGAAGUGCAUGUGACAAGUUUCUCUGGUUUAUUAUAUGGAACAUCUUUUUCACUAAUGUGCUUUCCGGCUCAUUUUUGAACCCGCUUUUUGAACUCCUUGAUCUCAGAAACAUUCCUGAACAUCUAGCAGUUGCUGUCCCAGCACAGGCAUCUUUUUUUAUUGCUUAUGUCACCACCUCAGGAUGGACCAGCACGUCAUCUGAUCUCUUCCGUAUUUUUCAAUUCAUCAAGAGCAUAUUACGAAAGUGCUGCUGCUGUAACAGAAACAUUCCAGACAAAUUUGAUCUUCCAUAUAUUUAUUACCAUAGGGAAAUCCCCAGGAUUCUGUUUUUUGGACUUCUGGGAAUUACCUACUUCUUCCUGGCUCCACUCAUCUUGCCUUUCCUGCUGGUCUACUUCUUCCUUGCAUACAUCAUAUACAAAAACCAGUUCAUAAAUGUAUAUGCCCCAAAGUUUGAAUCUGCCGGGAAAUUUUGGCCUACUGUACAUAAUAGCAUGAUAUUCUCGCUGGUGCUGAUGCAUGCUAUUGCUGUGGGGAUCUUCACACUGAAGAAGUUUUCAUGUGCGUCGUGGUUAAUUUUCCCUCUUCCUGUACUUACACUUCUAUUUAAUGAGUAUUGCCGGAAGCGCUUCCUACCAAACUUUGCUGCAUACUCUGUUGAGAGUUUGAUAAGGAAGGAUAGGGAAGAUCUCAAUGAUCCUGAGGUGCCGCAGUUCUUCAGAGAGCUGGUUACUGCCUACGUGGAUCCUGCAUUAUCUCCUUUGAAGCUCUCAGACUCUUCUGGUCAUAGAGCUCCUCCUAGUCUCUCUGAUAUCUCCGACGAUGAUGUAACUCCGCUUCUCUCUCAGAGCGUAUGAUUGUGAAAUCCGGGCCUGCAAACCAUGUAUUCAUUCUCAUCCGCGGUCUCACAGCAAUUAACGGGUUUUUACGGGAUUCCUCCCCCCCCCCCCCAAUCUUUCCCCGGCAACAAAAGGAGAUUUUCAUUGUUAUCAUCAUUGCUUUCUGCUUGUUUUUUUUAUCAUUGCAGAAAAAAAGUAUGGUAUUGUAUGUGAAUGUACAUAGCAAUUCUUUUUCCUGUAUGUAAUCUGAAUGUCUGAUAGUUGUAAAAAAGAACUGUUCAUGUUGUUAUCUUUAUGCAAUUAUGUAGUAAAUUAUGAAUGUAUGAUUUUUACAGUUUAGUAACUUGAAUUCACAGCUUAUUUUUUGGCUGCCUGGACA